UUUAAUGCAGCACAUGUAACUCCGCCCACCAUAUAGAUAACCACGCCCCCGCCAGGAGCUGUUCGCAUCCUGCACGCGAGCCGCCCGCUGUAACCCGCUAGCGGGAUGUUUUAGCUGAACGCCAAGCGGUUUGGAUCAGAAAUGAACUCCGAACGCCUCGCGGCAGGGAGACGGUCGGCGGCUGCCGCGGGGCGGCUGGUGAUGGACGUGAUGCAGUCGGAGUGGGAGCCUCUGUCUCACUGUGAGCUGGAGCAGCGUCUGGACCAAGCUGUGGAGGAAAUCCUGGAGGCAGAGCUGAUGUCAAGGCUGCAUGGGCAGAGCCAGGACCAUGAGCAGAGCCAGAGUGUGCUUACACAUCUCCCUCAGCAGGAUGAGAUGAUCCCACACAGUCCAGCAGCCUCGCUCCUCUGUCACGCAGAAGGACAAGCUGCUUCACUAAACCACCAGCACGUCACUGACAUAGAGGAGAACCCCACAGUCCAGUACCUCACAUCUCUUCUCCAGAAGCUGAAGUGGCGUGACAGUCAGAGGUGUCUGAAGGGAAGAUCUCGCUUGUCCUUGUCCCACACGGUGCUCCUGUCACUCACUCUGCUCUCCACUCGUCUCAGCUACCGCUCCGUGUCCGCCACCUUCCGGCUGGAAAAAGGGAACAUACACCGCAUCUUCUUCUCCUUCUGCCACAGAGUCAACACGUUGCAGAAUCAGAUCAUCCGCUGGCCUGUCGGUCAGGAGGCAUCUGCUCUCCUGCUCCCCUUCUCCAGCUGCCUGGGCUGUGAUGAGAAGCUCCAGCUGCCUAAAGUGCUGGGAGUGUUGGGCCACACCCGCAUCCCAUUCCGCCUUCCUGCCAGCAAGCAGGACUCUGAGAGCGACGCUUCGCAUGCCAAGAGGCUCUGGAAGGGUUUUCACCCGGACUCGUGGUUAAACCUGGAGCUGGUGUGUGACACCGAGGGUCAUUUUAUCCACUGCAGUGUCAGCCGAGGUUCUCAAAGGAACCGAGGUGAAGCUCUGAGAGGGAUAUUAGCACAGAAUCCAGAGCUCCUGCCUCCAGGAACCUGCCUGCUAGCCGGAGCUGGAUAUCCCCUCACGCAGCACAUCCUCACCCCGUAUCGUCCCGCACAGAACCCUCAGGAGAACCUGUACAACGCAGCACUGGAGACGCACCUACGGAGGCUGGAGCAGGCUGUGGCAGGACUGAAGGAGCGUUUCGUAAGACUGCGCUAUCUGGACAUGGGGAAGUGUGAGAGGGCCGGAGUCACGGUGCUGACCUGCUGCAUACUGCACACGGCACUGCUGCAUGCCGGCUACACCACCACAGGGCAGGGGGAGCACCACACUGAGGUGGAGGAGGAGGAGGAGGAGGGCAUAAAGGAGGAAGAUGGAGUCAGGCUACGAGAAACUGUCACUAAUCUACUGUACAGUGUGAUGGAGUCGGGGACAGAGGAACAGCUCCAUACUCGUGAUGUUUAGGUUUAUUAACAAACCGUAAGGCUGCAUUAAAUAAAGCCCCUGAGUUUGUGUUACGGUUUUAUUUAACGACUACAAAACAUCAUAAAUAAAUAAAAAUUUCAGCUUCGGAUAAUGAAAAAAAUCAUAAAAUAUUAAAUAAAAUCGUUUGUGACUGAAAUUUGAUCUUUUAACUCGUUUAACAGUGAAUUGUUAAAGCUUGAAGUUUAAAAAUUCAAUGAAAGUAUUAAUGAAUAAUGAAUGAAUGUUUAAAUAAAACCUUUUAUGGACAUUUAA